GACAGGUGACAGCUGACCUGAAGUGACAGUGACGACAGAGCAGGACAGACAGCAAAAAAAUAACCCCAUAUCGUAAAUCCUGUAAUACCUGCAUGAUUAUCUAAAAAUCAUGACUAGUAGAGGUAAUAGUUUUAAAGGCCCGCGAAUGAAUUUCAAAGGUCCAAAUGAUGCAUCUGAAGCUAAAGGCACAAAACCUAUCCGCGAAGCUGCUUCUAUUUUAGAAGUGUUUGUGUUAAUGAUCGUGCACAUUUGCAAGAAACUACUUUUCUUCGACACAAAUUUAAAAAUAGCAGUGUAUUUAGGAGCUCUCUUCCUGCUUUCGUUGGUAGCUGAUGUUCUUACUUUUCCCAAGUCUUAUUUUUCAAGAAGUGACAAUGUAUUCAAUCAAUAUUUCGUGAAGAUUGGUUGGUUUUGGACAUUAUUUUUAACUGUGCCUUAUGUACUCAUGACUUCGUACACCACUUGUUGCGGUAAGAGAACACUUAUAGCCACUGCACACUUAUCAAGAUUGUUUAUUGCUACUUUGUUCUGGUACACAUGGACUACACUCUUUAAUGUGAUUGAAACAAAAUAUGGACGCUGUAAUUCAAGAUUAUAUGAUGACAAAACAAAUUGUUUGAAGAGUGGUCACUUUUGGAAUGGAUUUGAUAUAUCAGGGCACUGUUUCAUUCUGAUAUAUUCCAGUUUAGUUAUGAUUGAAGAGGCCCGAGCAAUAAUUGGUUGGGAAAGAAUCAAAGAUUAUAUCAGAGAUGAGAAAUAUUCUCGCAGCAUCGAUGAGCGCUCGGCCAGUAUCAAUCCUCUCAAAAACAUUAACAAUGAUGAAUUGAACAUAUUGAAGACAUCUUAUGAAAACUUCACUCCCUAUGUUAGAGGACUUUUAAUUUCUAUGGCCCUCCUUCAGUUGUUGUGGGAUGUUAUGUUAGUAUCUACUAUAUUAUACUAUCACAUUAUGGUGGAGAAAUUCAUCAGUGGUGUAAUAGCAAUCCUAACAUGGUUUGUGACCUAUAGAGUUUGGUACACCUUACCUAGUAUCUUGCCUAAUAUGCCUGGAGAAGGGAUAUUUAAAUACAACAAAGAAAAACCAAGCGCUGCAACCAAUCCACCAUAUAAGAAGAGAAUGAGUAAUGCUAAUGGAAAACAUUUUAUGGGGAUGCCCCUCAACAGGAAGGAAGAUGGAGUGGAAACAGCUCCCGAGGAAGCGAGAUAAUUGUAAUAAACAUGGUGUUUAAUGGGUUUACUUUAGAAUAAUGGUAUGGUGGUGCUAACUUUAUAUUUAAACAAGUUUCCUGGCAUUUUACUCUUUAUUUAUAUUUCUAGAGACAUAUACAUAUAUUUACAUUUGGCAACUAAACAUUUUAUUUGGAAGAUUCAAAUGGUAACUAUUAUAUAACAAAAAAGAAAUAGUAGAAAAUGAAUGCUAAUCAACAAAGGUUAAAAGUAACUUUGAAUAGAGUGUAGCAAAUAUAUUGUUACUACACUCAAAUUGAAUUUAUAAAAAUGUAUAAGUACAUGAAGUAAAAUAACAUACAUUUUACAUAGACCAAUUCAAUACUCAUUUCACUUAAUUGGGAACUUGCAUUAACUUUCAUUAAUUUAUUAAAAUAUUAAGCUAAGAUUAAAAAUAUAUAAGGUUCAGUUUUAGAUAGUUGAAAUCAGUGUCAAGGGUUUAAUUUAAAUAAUUACAUUAAUGUUUUAAUGAAACUUAAUUAAGACUAAAAAUGAAUUGUUUUUGAAACAGUACUUACGUACUUCAGUUCUUGUAACCUCAUUUUAGUUGAAAUUGAACUAUUUUGUUGAUUUUGUUAAUUUAUUUUAUUGUAAGUAUGAAGUAGUGAGUAGGUUAAACUGCUUUGUAUUUCUUUGAACCCAAUCUAAGCCUUACUUUUUGGAUUGCAAUAUAUUUUCAAUCUACAAAUACAUAGGGUUUUUGGUAAA